UCCAUGAUACUUCCAAGCACAAGCAGAAGAAGAGAGUAACAGAGAACAAAGUAAAGAUGGUUGGUCAAUCUGGAAUCCAUGAUAAGCACAUGCAGAUGCAGACUCAGGUGAAGAAGGAUCGUGAUGAUGGAAAGAAGAAAGCAGCCACUGGUCAAACCUCAAAACUUCUUCGCUGUGGUGUAUGUUUUGAUUCCAAACCAGACUCUCAUAUGUUCAGAAGAUGUCAAUGCAACCACCCCUUUUGCACUGAUUGCAUAUCCAAUUACGUGGCUACUCAAAUACAGAAAAAUGUUGUGAAUGUGAAUUGUCCAAAUCCAAAAUGUUCUGUGGAGUUGAAGCCAAAACAUUUGCAACCCAUUAUGCCUAAACAAGUUAUUGAUCGAUGGGAAUCAGCAAGAUACGAGCUUUCACUUGCUGCGUGGCAAAAGACUUAUUGUCCCUUUAAGGAUUGCUCUGUUCUGUUGGUGAAUGAUGGAGGAAAAGUUGUGACUAGUUCUGAGUGCACUUCAUGUCACAGACUAUUUUGUGCGCAGUGUAAGGUUCCAUGGCAUGCAGAAAUGAAUUGCAACGAAUUCCAAAAGUUGAAAAGUAGUGAAAUUGAAAAGGAUUUGGAUAAGAAGUUUUUUGAGUUGGCCAAAGGGAAAAUGUGGCAGAAAUGUCCCACAUGCUCUAUCUAUGUCGAAAGUUGUGGUGGAUGUGAACACAUAACCUGCAGGUGUGGACGCAACUUCUGCUACAUCUGUGGGAAGAAUUGGGAGUUUGGACAUUUAUGCUGUAGUCCUCGCUCCACCUGAGAUUUCACAGAUGGCGGAACAGUUGGAAACUCAAAUGGCAAAUAUGAAGGAAGUUCUAGCUAUUACUCAUCGCAACUAAAGGAAAUCUUGUAGCUGACGUUCUAGCUAAAAGAGCAGCGAUGUUGUGUUUAGGAGACUUUUGAAGCACCACUAACUUGGCUAUGUAGAU